CACAAAAAAAGUUCCUGAUCACUGCUCCACCUCGUCGCUUGCGCCGCAAACCCUCAUCUAGUACCGCGUACAGUUUAAGGCCAGAGAGGGAUCAGGACGCCAGUUGCAGUCCUUUGAUUACGCAGAAUGGCUGCAGCAAGCGACAAGGCCCGCUUCUUUCUGGAGCAGUCGGUGCCAGAGUUGAAAGAAUACGAACGAAAGAACAUCUUCAGCCGGGAGGAAAUCGCAAACAUCGCCCGCAAACGGUCGGACUUCGAACACAAGAUCAACGCCAGAGGCUCUACACCGGCCGAUUACGCUCGAUAUGCAGAAUUCGAAAUGAACGUCGACGCCCUAAGGCGAAAGAGGGUCAAGCGACUCGGCGUCAAGUCAACGGCGCACAAUGGCAAGCGGCGCAUAUUCUUCAUCUUUGACCGAGGGACACGGAAACAUCCUGGAGAUGUGGCGCUGUGGAUGCAGGCGAUCGAAUUUGCCAGGAAGCAAAAAGCCUACAAAAAGCUGCAAGAGAUGUUUGCGAGCGUCUUACGGUUGCACCCUACAAAGUCAGACCUGUGGAUCUAUGCUGCGCAGUUUGCCAUGGAAGAGAACGGAGACAUGACGGAAGCAAGAAGCUACAUGCAGCGCGGCCUCCGAUUUUGCAAGCGCUCGCGUCAAAUUUGGCUGGAAUAUGCAAGACUCGAGCUCUCGUAUAUUGCCAAAAUCCACGCGCGCAGAGAAAUUUUGGGCAUCGCCGACGGCAGACCAGAAGCCCCACAGGCAUCGGAGGAGGACGAGGACAUGAUGCGGCUGCCAAAGCUGACAGCCAUGGAUAUCAACCCCGAUGUCGAAGGCCCUGAAGCUGAUGAGGCUGCAUUGCAAAACCUGGAGUCUACACCAGCGCUGAGUGGCGCCAUUCCCAUCGCCAUAUUCGACGCAGCAAUGGAUCACUUCAAAGACCCUGAAGUCGGAUACGACUUUUUCAACAUGAUCGUGGCAUAUGACGAGCUGCCGCCGAGUCGGAGGAUCGCAGACCAUAUUGCAACCAAAUUGUCGAAAGACAACCCCGAGAGCUGGUGCAGCCAGAUAUGCCUCAUACAACUUCCCCUUGUGGGGGUACCCCCUUCGUCACCGGGAUUUCCUUCUGCUUUCAAACAGGCUUUGGUACGACUCAGGGAGGCGUGUCAGGCAAAGGGUGGCCUAGAGAUUUCAGCGUGGGCAAAGACUUGGCUACAGAAGCUCACUGAAGCACCCGAGCUUGAUCCAGCGAUCAAGCAGGUGGCCACUUCAGUCUCGAGUACGCUGGACGCUCACUAGGUACUUGGUACAAAGUUGCGGAGAUAGACUUGGUCAUGAUCACUCAAUCCAUAUUACUCUUUGAUCUCGA